AUGUCCUCUUCACCCUCAGGCAUGGAGAGCUUCACCAGUGCAGAUCAGAGGAGAGCUCCCAGAAGGCCGAGCCUCUCCUCCUCAGAAAGAGGACAUCCAGACCACCAGGGGACUAAAAGAGCGUCUCUGCCCAGCUGGGGUGCUUCGUCAGUGGGCUGCAGCUUUGGGGACGGCCAUAGAGCUCUGACUGAAUUCAACAGGAGCAGCAAGGAGGCCGCGAGGAGGAACUCAUCGGGAAUUCUCGGAAAGGCUAAGGGCCACGCAGUGAGCCGGCUCCUGCAGAGCUUUGCAGCCGACGAGGGCUUCCGAUUGGAUGAGGAGAGUAGCUUCUCUGAGGGCGAGGAGGAGGAGGAGGAGGAGGAGGAAGAGGAAGAGGAAGAGGAAGAAGAAGGAGAAGAAGAAGAGGAGGAAGAGGAGGAAGAGGAGGAGGACAUACAGUUGAUCCACCUCCCUCCCAACAUGCCUUGCAGAAUACCCGCGCUGCCAAACUGUGUGCUGAGUAAAGAGAUGUUGGUGGACGGCCUGAAGAUCCUCAUCUCCAAGGAGGACGAGCUGCUGUACGCCGCCUGCGUCCAAACUCUGGACCUGCCCGACAUAUUCAGUGUUGUCAUCGAAGGAGAACGAGGGAAUCGCCCGCGGAUCUACUCGCUGGAGCAGCUACUACAGGAAGCUGAAGUCCAGGUGAGGAGGAGAAGGAAGGCAGCGUGA